AUGGAGAAACUUGGAUUCGGAAGACCUGGGCGCAGCUCCCACAAUAAGGUGUUCUACGCAAAGAACUCCCCCAGCAACGCCAUCGCCCUCACUAACUGUCUCGCCUUCAACCCACAAGAUUUCAAGGACAACGAAUAUGUGAUUUGCGACGGUCGAUAUGUGUUUUCAACUAAGACUUCCACAGACGUGCUACCGGGUACAUUUGGUGCCAGCGGAAACCAGCGGUUUUGGGCCGGCUGGUCCGUGGACCAAGCGGUGAACGUAGAACACUUUGAUUUGUUCAAAAAUACGGGUAAAAAGGCUUAUCUUGGCACUAUGAACUUAGAAAUCUCCUUCAGAAACCGUCAACGUGCGAAUUCCACUGAGUUCGAUCAAGAUGAACUCGCAAGAGCGUUUGUGGAUCGGUUCGAGAGCCAAGUCUUCCAACCUACCCAGAUUAUUCUUUUUGAGUUCAAGGGUGUGAUCUUCGAGUUGGUGAUCAAGUCUAUUCAGGUGGUAGAUCUUGGUGUUGUCGAUAUUGCAGAUUUGCCUUCUUCGACUAGCAUUGCGAAAAAGGGUAUUUUGGUGUCGCAAACGCGCCUCAACUUCUUCAAGGGCCCAGACGGAAUGGUUAAUCUCAAAGCCAGCAGUACGCGUCCAAAUGCAGAUGCUAUCAUCAGGCCUGACUUUAAGUUUGAAGAUAUGGGAAUUGGUGGUCUUGAUAAAGAGUUCACUUCUAUCUUCAGAAGAGCUUUUGCUUCCCGGAUCUUCCCUCCUGGCCUUAUUGAAAAGCUGGGAAUCCAGCACGUUAAGGGUUUGCUUCUCUACGGACCACCAGGUACUGGUAAGACUCUUAUUGCGCGCAAAAUUGGCACAAUGUUGAAUGCCAAAGAACCAAAGAUCGUGAACGGACCGGAGAUUCUUAGCAAAUACGUUGGUUCUUCCGAAGAGAACAUUCGUAACCUGUUUAAGGAUGCAGAAACCGAAUAUAAAGCCAAAGGUGAUGCUUCGUCGCUUCAUAUCAUCAUCUUUGACGAAUUGGACUCUAUCUUCAAGCAAAGAGGUUCUAGAGGUGACGGAACAGGUGUUGCCGAUAACGUGGUAAACCAGCUGCUUUCCAAGAUGGAUGGUGUUGACCAACUAAACAAUAUUCUUGUUAUCGGUAUGACAAAUCGUCGUGACUUGAUUGACGAGGCCUUGCUCCGUCCAGGUCGUUUUGAAGUCCAAGUAGAGAUUCAUCUUCCAGACGAGCCCGGCAGAAAACAGAUCUUUGAAAUCAAGACCAAAAAAAUGCGUGAAAACGGGUCUCUCGGUCGUGACGUGAAUAUUGCCGAGUUGGCAGCCAUGUCUAAGAACUUCUCUGGUGCUGAAAUUGAAGGUUUGAUUAAGAGUGCCUCCUCGUUUGCGCUGAAUCAACAUAUCAAAGUUGGCACAGUGGGCGAUAUCGCGGGCGAUUUGGCCAACAUGGUGGUUUCACGCAGCGAUUUUAUACAUGCUCUGGAGGAGGUGAAACCAGCUUUUGGUGUGCAUGAAGAAGAUCUUCAAGAAUGCACUAAAGGAGGUGUUUUGAAAUAUUCAUCUGCCAUCGACGAUAUCUUGAACCGCGGUACCAGAGCCAUAAAACAGGCCCGCGAAUCAGACCGUUUCAACUUUUCCUCUAUCUUGAUGCAUGGCCCUCCAGGCUCAGGAAAAACGGCCCUUGCUGCGGCAAUUGGAUUGGCUUCCGAAUUCCCAUUUAUCAGGCUGAUCUCGCCAGACGCAAUGGUGGGAAUGUCCGAAGCAGCUAAAGUCCAAUUCAUUGACAACACGUUCCGCGACGCUUACAAAUCUCCGCUCAAUGUGCUGGUAGUUGAUGAUAUUGAAGGACUGAUUGAUUAUGUUCCAAUUGGGCCAAGAUUUGCUAGCACCGUGUUGCGUGCGUUGAUGGUUCGUCUCAAGAAGAGCCCUCCAGAAGGGCAUCGUUUGAUUGUCAUCUCGACAACCUCGUCCUACACUGUGUUAAGACAGCUGGAUAUGCUUGGUUGUUUCAAUGACGAAAUAGGCGUUCCUAAUCUUGGUUCGCUUGAUGAGUUCGCCCGUGUUUUGGAAGCCACUCGCUUUUCAGAUGCUGCUGGGAGAAAACAGGUGCUGCAGAGCCUGGCUUCGGUUGUGUCCGAGGUCAAUGUUCCGAUCAAGAAAACGUUGUUCAAUAUUGACACUGCCCGUUUUGGUGAGAAUCCCGUUCAGGAUCUUGUUGAGUUGAUGGUUGAAAGCACAACUCCGUUGAGGAGAUGA